AUGGACCCAUCCGAACUCAAAGGCCGGAAGAUUGGACGCGUGCUCACCAAGAUGGGUGUUGUUACGCGCGAACAAGUUCACCAAGCCAUCGGAAUCCAAAAGGGACGUUCACAGAAAAUCAAACUCGGCCAGAUUCUGAUCGAGAUGGAUCUGUGUACUCAACUCGACAUCGACAAGGCGCUCGCAGGACAAGCCGGCAUGGAGUAUGCCGACCUUUCCGGACUGGAACUCGACGAAGAAACGGUUGGUGCGAUUCCCGCUGAGAAUGCGAAGGCGUACCAGUGUGUCCCAAUCGAGUACGAGCCCAAGUCCCGCAAGCUCAAAGUCGCGAUCAAAAGUCCAGAUAACUUCCAAGCCGUGGACGACCUCCGUUUGUUGAUGGGUGCAAAGGUCGAAGCGGUGAUCGCGUCACCAAAGGAAAUAGACUCCCUCCUGGAGAAGUACUACGCCAAAUCAGAGUCCAUGGAAGAGGUCAUGGGCGCUCUCGCGAGUGAUGAGAAGCUCAAGAGUGUUGGUGGCGCCUCUGAUCAGUCCAUCGACCUCGAUGCGGUGAUCGAUGCCGCGGAUGACAACCAGGUCAUCAAGCUGCUGAACAUGGUGCUCCUCCAAGCCAUCCGCGAUCGCGCCUCGGACAUCCACUUCGAGCCAUUCGAGCACGAGUUUAAGAUGCGUUAUCGUAUCGACGGCAUCCUCUACGAGAUGGUGCCGCCGCCCAAGCACCUUGGUGCUGCGAUCACUUCGCGUGUCAAGGUUAUGGCGAACCUUGACAUCGCGGAACGCCGACUCCCACAGGACGGCCGUAUCGAGCUCACCGUUGGUGGUAACCCGGUCGACCUGCGUGUCGCAGUGCUCCCAACCAUCUACGGCGAAAGCGUCGUUAUGCGUGUGCUCGAUCGCGGGAAUGUUGAACUCUCGCUUGACCGUGUUGGAUUCCGUCCAGACGACCUCGAAACCUUCCGUGGCUUGAUCCACAAACCAAACGGGAUUGUGAUUGUCACCGGCCCUACCGGGUCUGGUAAAACCACCACGCUCUAUGCGGCUCUUGCUGAGUUGAACGACAUCAAGACCAAGGUGCUCACUGCUGAGGAUCCGGUCGAAUACGACAUCGAUGGGCUCUGCCAAGUCCAAGUCAACUCUGAAGUCGGUUUGACCUUCGCGAGUGCGUUGCGUUCAUUCUUGCGUCAGGACCCUGAUGUAAUCCUCGUCGGUGAAAUCCGCGACCUUGAAACUGCUCAGAUCGCGGUUCAAGCUUCGCUCACCGGUCACUUGGUGCUCUCGACGCUCCACACCAAUGACGCGCCGAGUUCGAUCAUCCGUCUUGUGGACCUCGGGAUCGAGCCCUUCCUUCUGACCGCGACAAUCGAAGGCAUCGUCGCUCAGCGACUGGUUCGAACACUCGACCAGACGACCAAGGAAGCGUACAUGCCGACGGAACAGGAACUCAUGGAACUUUCAUUGCGUCCAAGCGAUGUGCAAGGAAGAGAGUUUUACCGACCAGGCAAAACAAGCAAUGUCGGUGGCGGAUACAAAGGGCGUAUGGCCCUAUUCGAGAUCCUGCAUCUCGAUGAUGAACUGCGUGAGCUCAUCAUUAAAAAUGCAAGCACCGCAGUACUCAGAGAUCUCGCGCGAAAGAAAGGCAUGCGUUCACUCCGUGAGAGCGGCAUGCUCGCAAUCUACGAAGGUCAAACUAGUAUCGAUGAGGUCGUUCGCGAAACGCUCGCUGAGGAAUAA